CGACUGUUCUUGCUUCCCAAAUUAAUUUGCCUCACCUCGUAUAUUGUUGUCUCGCAUCAUCUUAGGCCCCUCUUUGGGUGUGCCCUUCCGGGUCCGGACCCCGCGCCUGCCUGGGAGAUCUUGUCAGACAACCACAAUGUCAUCGCCAACCUCUGCCUCUGCAUCCUCUGUCUCGUCGUCGUCGUCGUCGUCGUCGUCGUCGUCUUCGUCUUCAUCGCCAUUGGAGAGCGGCUCGUCGUGGCAGCUCUUUGACAGCAUCGCCUUGAGACGGAACACGGGUGGGGCCACCGACGAUGACCUGUUUGAGUCGGUGACGAACCCCAUCUCGGCGGCGCGAGCCGAGGGCAACAGCCACACGAUGGCCUUUGGUGGCUGCGUCAUCGCCAUGGCCCUCCACGCAGCCUACCACACGCUGCCCGAGGGCAAGGCGCGCGAGACGGCCGCCGUCUACUCGAUGCUGGGCCACUUCCUGGGCCCCACGCUGACGGAUCGCCCACUGAAGCUGCAGGUCAAGCGGAUCCGAGACACGCGCUCCUUUUGCACGCGGCUCAUCAUGGCCUCGCAGGUCGGAAGCAAGGCCCCGCUCUGCUUCUCGGCCACCGUCGACUUUCUCCUCCAGCCGCGCACCAAGACUGUCCUCACCUUUUCGCCGCCCCCACCCGAGGUCUCCCAGGGCCGGCCCGACGACAUCCCCGACUACUACAGCGUGCUGAGGCAACGCACGAGCGCGGGUGAAGUCACGCGCGAGGCCGAGGAGGAGUUCAAGAAGCGCUACUACAACAACCACCGCCUCUUUGAGACGCGGCAGUGCCCGGGCACCAUGUCGUACGACAACAUCGACGGCGUCGUGCCUGCCAAGAGCAGCAGCUCGGUCCAGUGGGCCCUGCCACCGUGGCAGCGAUCGACGGUUGAGUGGCACCGGCUGCACCAGCCCGCCGAGCUAGCCAGGGACGAGGAGCGCGAGCGCCAGGGCGUGCUCACGCUCUCGUCGCCCCGCGCCGCCUCGGCCUGCGCCAUCGCCUACCACCUCGACAUGCUCGUCUUCAUCGCCCUCUUCCACAACGGCAUGGGCCUCGACGACGUGGGCGCCACCACGUCGCUCGACUUUGCCCUCCGCUUCCACGCCGACGACAUGGACGCGCACCGCAACUGGCUCGUGCGCUCCUACGGCGCAAACGUCGCCGGCCACGAGCGCGGCUACACCGAGGCCAACUGCUGGCAGCAGCGGCCCGACGGCAGCACCGAGCUCGUGGCCACCAUGACCCAGGUCGGCCUCUUCCGGGGCAAGACGGUGUCGAAGCUGUGAUGCGGCAGUCUCAGAGGGAAGCUACUGUUUAUAUUUUUAAUACCAU